CAUCUGAGACAUAAAAGAGAGAAAAUAGCUUUCCUUCUCUCUCUCAUUUCUGAAUCUAUAACCGCUAAAAAAAACCGAGGCAGAGAAGAAAGAGAGAAACACGGCGAAACACAAGAGGAGAUAUAGCGAAAAAAAAUUCAAAAUCCACAGAUAUAAAAGAAAAGGGAAGAGAAGAGGUUAAAACCUUUUUUUUUUUUUUUCAAAACUUGGUUUAGUUUUUGAUUGAAACUAAAAAGGGGAAGAAGAUAGGAAAGGGGUAAAGAUAGGGUCGUGCGUGUCAACGAGAGGAGGUGCUGGAAGACGAGAGAAAGCCUCCGCGGGGACUUCGCGGAGGCUCUCGUCCCAGCACCUAAGCGGAAGCCUAACCUCUUCUUCAGCCGCCGGCGGCGGCGGUGGUGGCGAACCGUCGUCGGAUCAGUCCGAUCUAGGCGGUGCGAAGAUGAAGGGGCUUUUCAAGUCGAAGCCUCGGACUCCGUCUGACCUCGUCCGACAGACGCGCGAUCUCCUUCUCUACUCCGACCGUUCCGUCUCCUUGUCUGAUCCAAAACGCGAUGAAAAGAUGGCGGAGCUGAGUAGGAAUAUUCGUGAUAUGAAGUCGAUUUUAUAUGGGAACAGUGAGGCUGAGCCUGUGGCUGAAGCUUGUGCUCAGUUGACUCAAGAGUUCUUUAGAGAGGAUACUCUGCGUUUAUUGAUUACGUGUCUUCCUAAAUUAAACUUGGAGACUAGGAAGGAUGCUACACAAGUUGUUGCUAAUCUACAGAGGCAGCAAGUUAAUUCGAAGUUGAUUGCUUCUGAUUAUCUUGGAGCCAAUCUUGAUCUCAUGGAUGUUUUGAUUCAAGGGUUUGAGAACACGGACUUGGCUUUGCAUUAUGGGGCAAUGUUUAGGGAGUGUAUCCGCCAUCAGAUUGUUGCCAAAUAUGUUUUGGAAUCGGAGCAUGUGAAGAAGUUCUUCGAUUUCAUACAGCUUCCUAAUUUCGACAUUGCGGCUGAUGCAGCUGCAACUUUUAAGGAACUGCUAACUAGGCAUAAGUCUACUGUUGCCGAGUUUCUCACCAACAAUGAAGACUGGUUUUUCGCGGACUACAACUCAAAGCUUCUUGAAUCAAGUAAUUAUAUAACCAGACGGCAAGCUAUCAAGUUGUUGGGUGAUAUCUUACUGGAUCGAUCAAAUUCGGCUGUGAUGACGAAAUAUGUGAGCUCAAGGGAUAACUUGAGGAUUCUCAUGAAUCUUCUUAGAGAGUCAAGCAAGAGCAUUCAGAUAGAAGCAUUCCAUGUUUUCAAGCUGUUUGUGGCGAACCAAAACAAGCCUGCAGAUAUAGCCAACAUUCUGGUGGCAAACAAGAGCAAGCUUCUGAGAUUGUUGGCUGAACUGAAACCAGACAAAGAGGAUGAGAGGUUUGAAGCAGACAAAAGUCAAGUCUUGAGAGAAAUCGCAGCCCUUGAGCCGCAAGAACUUGCUUGAACCAAACCAACAGAAUUCGCCCUUCUUUCCCUUUUUAAACAUUCAAAAGACAUUUUUGGAGCAUCAAAGUUUGUUGUUGUUUCUUUAUUAGGUAACAAAUCUCUCACUUUCUCUUACACACGUACACAGACGAGAUAUUUAUUUGAUUAUGUAAUCACUUGUACACAUUUCACUGUUAAUGAAAUAAAAUGGUUUUGUUAAGCGCG